AUGAGUUCUGGUAAAAGAAAAGAAGUGAUAGAAGGCCCCUCGCACACUUCUCCCAUCGAAAAACUCGAUUCCUUAGCAGCUUCUCCUACUUUCGGUGUUUCUUCUGUUCGUUCCACCCGUCUGGCGCGCCGCCGACGCAUCCAGGAGGAUCAUGAAAGGAAAAUGGAAGGAGAGCCGGAUAUAAAGAAAGAGGAACCAAGUGAUACUUAUUAUGAUGAAACAGAACUGAGAAGUGAAGAGCAGGUGGAUUCAUCAGAGUUCGAAGUGAAAACGGAGGAGCCAGAUGAUUAUAAUUUCGAUUAG